GUGAGCAGCGCGGGGUCGUGCCAGGAUUCACGCCGCCAUGGGCCGAGCCGUCCUAGUAAGGCCCAGCUGCGUGACAACAAUGACGUCCGAGUCGCCGGAGAACUACAAGAAGAUCGUGAUAGUCGGCGACGGAAAUUGUGGGAAAACCAGUUUACUGACACGCUUCGCUCACGGAGAUUUUCCGCGAACCUACAUACCUACCGUAUUUGAUACCGACGUUUCAUCGGUGUCAGUCGACGGCAAAGACGUCCGCCUCAGCUUGUGGGAUACGGCGGGGCAAGAGGCCUACGAGAAGUUGCGUCCGCUCUCGUAUAACGAUACAGAUGUUGUGAUCAUCGCCUAUUCGGUCGCCGACCGAGAUACGAUGGCGAAUGUCAUCGAGAAAUGGUACCCUGAAAUCUCCUACUACCUACCAGAUGUACCUGUUGUGCUCGUGGGCACGAAGCUCGACCUCAGACCACCGCUCGACGAGAUGAAUUUUAAUGAACGUCAGAAGUGCAAGUUCGUCAGCGUGGAUGACGGAAGGAAUUUGGCCGGAUAUAUCAAAGCGGAUGCUUUUAUCGAGUGUUCUGCGCUGGCAGAUGUGGCCGUGUGCGAUGUGUUCCGAAAAGCCGCCCAGCUGUCGAUCCGACGGAGGAAACGCCGUCGGAAGAAGAAGAAACAUUCCUGCUCUGUACUCUAGGAACUGGCGCCAUUAGAGUUCCUUCCCGUCCGGAUACAAUAACCGAUGGCUCAGAUAACUCAGAUGUGUGUCGCGGAAUGAGAUGUUUCGCCGUAAGAUGGAAUAUGGCGAUGCUCCGCCGAGCGAGUUGGCCGCGGUUUGCCUAGUCCGACAUUUUGAGCACUGGGUAUUCCACAAGAUGAGUCUGGAAUUAUUCUGCGAGCCUACCUCAGGCAUUUAGCGGUGCGACACUCGAUCGGAAGAUUUGGCAUCAGUGCCAACCCUCCCUCGUGAGCCGACAAAUCGAUGGAUGUUAUUAGUGCUCCAAUGUGAUAAUCUGAGAUGUGUAUUUAUUUCACAGAUAGUAUCUUCCGCAUAGGCAGCUCGAAUAUUGGAGCCCAUGUAUGCGCAGGAGACCUCUUAGAGGAGUAUGCAGUUUUGAGGCGAACGAUGCCCGCCAGCUGAAAACAAUGACAAAUUGCGGCGGUCGGGCUCAGGGACGGAGCGGACUGUCUCGAGCUGCACAUCCCAAUCACCGAAACCAAA